AUGGAGCCACAGCUGAAGCCUCUAAUCGCCUGCAGACCUCCUGCUCACCGCUGUGGAAAACAGAGGUCAAUGAGAGGGAAAAUGAUAUCUGGCUCUGCGAGACCCUGCAGUUUACUCCUUACCGCAGAAAAGUUCCUGUAGCUCAGAAAACGCAGAACAAACACAAGAACCGAAGGUGAAAGACAAUACAAGGAGAGAGUGACUGUGUGAUGGAUUAAAACUGUGCAGAGAGAUGAAGGUAUGUGGUUUCAUCCCUUUGUACCUCAACAAUGAUUUUUUUGUCAAUUAACACCAAGGAUGAGGUGAAAUCACCAAUGAUGUAAAGGUUACCAAAGUCAACACAGAGAGAAAGUUCCCCACAGGAGCUGUAAGAACAAACCUGUCGAGCUCUAAAUUUCUCUUCACAGAUUUUUAUAACAAUUUUCAAUCUUGCCUAUGAAUGGUGUUUGUAUAAUGGGGUAUAAAUACAUGCAUUUACAGACCUCAGGCCAGUCCAUCAUCGACUGAGUCUGAUUGCAUCUCCAUGAAGAAAUGAUCAUAAAUGUUCUUCCUUGAGCUGCGUCUCCCCGCCUCAGUUGAUGAUGGACUGGUCGAGGUCUCGCUACAAACAAACGGCUGCUGGAAGAGAGUAGGUGAGUUGUGUUUAGUCUCUUUCUAAAGAAAUUAGGCAAAGUUAAAAAGAUGUUUGAUGGCUUUUGCUAUGGGUAGGACCCUAUACUGUUGAUGAAGCUAUUAGCUGUUCUAAGCAUUAUUUGUGGCUAUAGAGUGGCAUUUUGGUUGAGGCUUGCGCGUGGAGAUGUAGACAGCUGUGUAUUGCUAUGUAUUGUCAGAAGCCCCUCACAGGGACUUAAAGGCACCAUGAGGAGUUUUUAACCGGUCAAAGAACAGUCUGGAACCGAUACUGAUGCCUCUUUAGGACCUUCAAAAUAAAAGCAGACCAUCAGCAACAAGGCUGUAGUAGUUUUUAAUCUUUAAAACUGCCCUGCAGACCGAAAAAUCUGUAUUUUUUUUUUAUUCGGUGACAAGGGAAAAGAUUUGGUUUGAAAACACUGCCUUCAUAUGAGCAGGACCAGAGUUAGGAGGUAUCAGUUUGUCCACAGGGGGCGCCAGUAUCACACAAACAUUCCUCACAGGAGCUUUAAAAUGUAUGAAGACUUAAGGACUAUAAUAUGUCAAAGAAAUAAGCUUAGUGAAUAAAAUAUCAAGUAAAAAAAAGUCAAUUUGGCUUUACGAAAUUAGAAUUUGAUUUUUUGAUAAACUUUUAAUAAUAGACAAGUGCUGAAAGAGUUGCUUAGGGAUGGACAAAAUUAGUUUUGGCUUCAGCUGACACUUCAGUAAGUCAUCUUACAAUUAAUUCAUAAAUCUUUCAUAAGUUAAAAAAAAUAACUAGAAACUCUCCUUUCUAAACAGCAACAUCAUACCAAGUUAUCAACUGUUCAUGCACAGGUGGCUUAUGACUUGUAUGUCAUAAACACUUUCUGCAUAGGAGUUGAAAUCGAUUCAGCAAAACGUUAUUGUUAUGGUGGUUAUAAAAAGAUACUCCCCAAUUAACUUUAAUUCUAUAUAAUUGGCCAGUAAAGCCCAUUUAAGUACCAUAGCUCCUAUUUUGAUAUUAUCACUGGAAUUUUCCAUUUUGAGAGAUAAUACAGUGUCUGCAACAGCAGCUGGAAACUCAAAGCCUUCUAUAUAUUUAAAAUAUUCAGUUACAUCCAAAAAACACACUGACUCUACCUUCUUUCGGCUUGAACUCUCCUCAAGGUGAAAGUCUGGAGAGAUCAGAGGGAGUGGAAAGACAAGGACCGGGGGGGAGAAAGGAGGCGGAGUUUGGAGGAAUAGUUUGGUUUUACGCACCAGACACACAUACAUGCUCCAGUCAGUGGAAAGUCAUCAGUUUGAGCUCGCAGGAGUCCACGGAGGAUUUUAACUAUCUGUUAUAUUAUACACCAGAGCUGCACGAGCGCACGCACUGCUCCGAUCGUGCAGAGAGGGAGUCUCACGAGAGCAUCUCCAGAGGCUGCUGGUGCGCAAGGAGAGGUGAGUUCACACCGUGUUUAUACGAUCAAGAGACUCAACAGUCAGCGUCGUAAUGUGAAAAAAUAGUUAAAAGUUUUAUUAAAAUUAAGUUAACGUGAGUUUGCAUCACUUAAAAAUCUUCAAGCUGUUAUGUGUGUGGCUUGUAUGGUUCCUCACCUGUCAUAACCUGCUACAAAACGCUGCGUAAUUUACGCAUUAAGUACAUUUUAACAGCUUUUAAACAUGUUUUGAUCAAUCCGUGAAGAGAUUAAGUGAACAGUACUAUUAUUAAUCAAGAGUUCACUGCUAAAUGAUUGAAAAGGCCAAGAUAACAUCUUCAUUUAGUGCUAAUUCAAGCUGUAAGUUUGGUAUAAUGACUGUGAGAUUUCCUUGGUUGCUGAUUUCCUUCAGCAGAGCCACGUUCCAGCUCGGACCAUUUCAGACAUUGGUUUUACCAGACAAGCACCUGCUGGUGUUUUCUCCCCAAUUUUGCAACCUUAGGUGUAAUUUAACAGUAAAAGUAUCAAGACACUAACUAAAGUCACUUGAUAUUGACCCCCCACACCCAGGAUGUACCAAAAAGGAUGUUCUGUUUUGAGGGAGGGGAUAUAGUGUGUUUUAUUGGGGUUGGGGGCUUGUGUGGGGUCCAAAGUGAGUAACUGAUACCGUGAAUAAGUGCUGCAGCCUCUUUUUUCAAGUAGGGUUUAUGAGAAGAAGAACAAGGAGACCUUUGAGGAAACAAUCUCCUUCUUUAGUGUUUAUUGAAUUGGCUCCAGUGUGACAGAAUGAGACCUCAUAUCUCGAGAAUGAAAGCAUUAUCGGUUGUGCAUUUGAAGGCGUGUUAAGAGUCAAUUAAGUCUUGUUCAGUGAGAGUGAUGUCAUGUCUCCUUUCAGAUUACAAACUUUAUUCUCGAGACUCAGCAAACUCUCCCCCAACCACCACCAACCCCCAACCUCCUCUAGCACCGCUCAUAGUUUCCAUCACCGCACACCAUCCCCUCCCCAUCAUCACGCUCCAAUCCAUUUGGGUGAAAUUAAUAGAUUCAUUUGAAACAAUCCAGCUCUGACUGAAGUCACCCCCUACAGAAAUGGGACUGUUUGUGUGUGUGGCACACAUAAAAAAAAAAACAGUUCCUCACUUUUCUUUUCUUAGAAAACAGAGGGCGGAAGAAAAAUACUUCUCCUCUUCUUUUUUUUUCUCUCAGAGCUUGAACCACACAAUUUUGCCACGUUUUGACCACAGUCGCAUUCUUCUGAAAUUUUUGUGUUGGGCGAAGGUUGGCCAAGUGUACAAUCACUGGAGGCGAGCCAGAAAAAAAGGGAGAGUUAAGUGGAGAUGAUGCUUGAUUGUCGAGGGACUGACGGUCUUAAAAAAACAGAUGAAUCAGUCUCACUCACACCGCUGUCUUUUCCAUUUCCUAUUUCCGCUGUAAAGCCUGGGAAGAGUUGCAAAGAAGCAGUUUGACACUGUGGGAUACUCAUUCAUGUUUGUUUCCCGCUAAGUGAGACAAAUCAUUUUGAAUUGACUGAACUAGAUAUAAAUUGAGAGGCCUUUUAAAGUAGUCAGCUGUCAUUUUGUUUUAUUAAACAAAGUGAAAACAAAAAAAGUCAAGCAAAUUUUUUUAGGGUGCAAAGAUGUGACGGUUUGCUAUUCCUGUGAGUUAAAAUGAUAUUCCAGCGUAAAAAUAAUUUACACCAUAACACCGAGUUAGACACCCCCUCAAGAGAUGAUUGUUGCCAACCACUUUCUUCUCUAGUUAUACCAACUUUAGUAACAACCGCACGAUAGCACUAUACAGCGGUCUGAGGAGCCUUAACCAAAACGCCACUCUAAUGCCACAAAUAAUGCUCAGAACAGCACCUAACUUCAUCAACAGAACAUAUAGGUUCUCAGCCACAGCACUAGUCACCAAACAUCUCUUUAGCUUAGCCGGAUUUCUUUAGCAAAGAGACAAAACACAACUCACCUACUCUCUUCCAGCAGUCGCUUGUUUGUAGCGAGACCUCGGGCCGGUCCAUUACGGACUUCAGCGGGGUGACGCAGCUCAAGGAAGAACAUUUAUGAUCAUUUCUUCAUGGAAAUGCAAUCACACCGAGACGCUAAGGCAGAAAAACUACCACGUCUGCAGAGCAAAAUGAUAAAUAUGGUGAUUAGAAAUGAUCAUAAAUGUUCUUCCUUGAGCUGCGUCACCCUGCAGCAGUCAAUGAUGGACUGGCCCGAGGUCUCGCUACAAACAAGCGGCUGCUGGAAGAGAGUAGGUGAGUUGUGUUUAGUCUCUUUGCUAAAGAAAUUAGGCAAAGUUAAAAAGAUGUUUGGUGGCUAGUACUGUGGCUAGGACCCUAUACUGUUGCUAUAGUUAGGUGCUGUUCUGAGCAUUAUUUGUGGCUAUAGAGGCUGUUGAGGUUUAUGGCUCCUCAGACUGCUGUGUAUUGCUAUCGUGCGGUCGUUACUAAAGUUGGUAUAACUAGAGAAGCAAGCAGUUGGCAACAUUCAUCUCUCUGCAGGGUUGUUUCUGUGUGUUUGACCCUAAAUUAAUUUUAUGCCGGAAUAUCCCUGUAAGUAUGAAACUAGAGGCAACUAGCAGGCUAUGCUAGCUAACUCACUGAAACUAGCUCUAGUACAACGAAAAUUAAAUUCUAUUUCUUUCUUAAGCAGUAAAAGACAGUCUUCUCUUUUCAAUGUGUCUAUUUUAAAGUAAAUGCCUUCACUAUAGGUUUGUUAUACUUUCUUAUUCUCUUACGUCAUCUUUCUGUAUUUUCUUAAGGUUUAAACGCUGAUGCCGACCAGUGUUUUUGGCCUUUUUUGUCCUCAACCUGAUAAAACACAGUCUGAUUCUUUAUCUAACCAUCUCAAAGUUAAAUAAAUUCGGCAGCUAACAUGAAGUAAAGACAGCGGGCCCAGUCUCUUAGAAAACAAACUGUUGUUAUCAUUAACACUCAGGUCUCGAAACGGGCCAAUGCCAGCUGGAGCUGAUGGGAAACUAUGUUUACCCGUGUGUUUUUUUUGGAUAAUAGUGGCUGAUCAAGUCCUCUGUUUGUUUGCAUCGGUCAGUGUUCCCCUGCAAGUAUAAUCCAAGUGCAACAACCACAGGGCCAAAAGUAACUUCACUGGAGAAAGGCCUACUUCAUUUUAAGAGGACUCCAGAGACACACUUGAUUAUGAUCUCUUUGAUCUAUCCCUGUACUUUCAUUGUUUUUACUGUCAUCCGCAAAAACCAUCUAUAUUUCUUACUCUUAGUUUUAGCAAAAAACAGUGAGAUACAUUGAUUUUAUUUUUUGACGGUGCCUCCACUGUUAUGAUCCUUGAAUUUUCCUUGAAAAUCACCAACAAGUAAAAAUUGGAUUUGCUGAAAAAUAUAGUCAACUUAACACCUGAAAAUUCAGUGUGAAUGUUAGCAUCCUAGACUCCUAGACUGUUGUGUUUGUUCCAGUUAGCAACUGUUGGCAUAAUAACAUAAUAUGCCAGAUCCCAAUACAGUCUUACAGAACACAUACAACUCUUGCGAUCCAUUCUGCAGCAGAACGGAAAGAAGCCGGUGGAAAUUGACACAUUAACUUGAAUGGUUACGAUCAGCUGCGAUCGGUGGAUACGGCCUUUUCGUAGCUGUUCCAGAUGCGGUGGAAAUUGGGGGUGAGGUGUAACGACUACAUUUACAGACAAGAAUUUACCCCAUUUUUGUGACAGCUACUCUUAAACUUAUAUAUUUAAAAUUUAAAGCUUCUGUAAGUAACUGUAGGUUCGCUUUAACUUUGGCGCCCCCUGUGGUCAAAGCAGUCAUUGCUUAUCUUGUCCUUCACAUGCCUAAGUAGUGACAUCUGGAAGAAAAUCCUCAUCCUGCCGACCUUUGCCAGUCAAAUGUUUGAUGGACUGUGAAUUUUUUGUACAGAAAUUAUAUAAAAAUUUGGCGGUUUUUGUCGCUGCUUUGCUAACACCCUCCCCCCUUCAAAAAUGACCAUCAGUUUUGUUGCUAAUCAUCUUAUUUGCUUUUGUAUGUCAUCAAAAAGCAUCAUUAUGAAUUUCAUAAACAUCCAAAAACUUCUCAUGCGAGCUUAAAGUAUUGUCAUGCUUUCACAACAUCAGAGCGCCCCCUUGUGGACUGAGUCAAAUUGUCCUUAGUUGUGCUGACUGUCUUAAAAAAAAUAGUGGUUUCUUAAACUUUUGACCUUUAACCCAGGUUAUUGGGGACAUCUUUCUGGGCUUUUUCUGGGGAGAAUGACGUGAACUGGUGCAAUUCAGUGGAAAUGGAGACAGUGUCAGUCUACAAUGACAAAUAUGCGGAAAAUUAGGAUUUGGGAUGACGAUUAAAAAAGUAUUGGAAAACAAAUAUUGCCUGAAAUUCCCUUUUUGGAGUGUAAAGAGAAUAUUUUGACCAAGAAAGUCCACUUUCUGGAUCUUCUCCUAGAACUUUUAAUCAUAUAAGACAGAUUUCCCCCAAUAGAUCAAGUUUGCUGACAUGGCUAGAUUCCCAGAUUUAAUGGAAAUCAUGUGACGAAACUAAACAACCACUGAGAGACUUUGUCAAAGGUUUGGAGCCAGUGACCAAAUUGGCCGAAUGUUUCAGACUCUUUCUGGUUUGCUUCUUACUUUUGGAUGAAGAUCGACGUUUUCCUGUCAGAAAGGAAUCACAGUUUGAUCCCGAAUGAUGAAGUUUUAGAGCCAUCAAAUCAAAACUAGAAAAGUUCUCCUUUCAACGACCUCUCAGGGUCCUAACCUGCAGGUUGAGAGCUUCUGUUUCAGGUCACCUUGUGUCGAAGUCUCGGCGUGGCGUUGGCUUGUUUAUUUGUUGUCUGACUGCGAUCUGUUAGCGAGUUUAGAGGACCGCCUCAGAGGUGAAACUGCAGCUGUUAGCUCACAUUGUCUCAGCGGAUAAACAAACAGCCAGCUGGAGACUCAUAAAACAAAACCAGACAUGCUCUCAAGUCUCUAAAGAGGUUUUAUUCCCUCGUGUCGUUGAUGUAAUGUUGAAGUUGAGUCGCAUUAAUAUCCAGUUAUACAGAAUAUUUUGUGGCUUAAGUCUUCAAAAGUAAAAUUAAAUCAACUGAAAUCAUCUUUUUUUAAAUUCAGUGGGCUUAAUCAUUUACAGAUCCGCCUACGAAAGAUCAGCCCACUCAGUCCCACUCCAGAGGAUCGUCAUUGUUUGAAGCAGCAGCUCGCCCUGACGAGAUCUUUAAUCAGCCAACGCAAACAAACAAAAGUGUGUUCAUUUGGAUUUGUGUGCGUGCAGCUGAAGCCGGCCUUGUGAUCUGCAGGAAGCGGCGGCACAUUGAGUGUCUUUGUCCUUGCAGGAUGAAAGAAAGGCGUUGAGGGACCGGCCUUCUUCUUCUUCUUCUUUCUUUUUUGUAAGAGUUUAUAGGUGCAGCAAUAAAAGAGUGUCACUUUUCCUCCGGCGCUGCGGGGCUCCUCCACUGCUGCUGCUCUUGUUGUUAACAUGUUCUGAGCAGCAUUGUUCUGCCAUCAAUAUUCUCAUUCAUCUUUGUAAACCGAGGUUAUGCAACUCAGGAGACACACAAUACGGGGACUGUUUAGAGUUUCAGAGGCUGUUAAAAGUGCAGUAAUCCAUUUCAGAGGAGUGAUAAUUAAAAAUACAACUCGGUCACACAGUUUCCUGUUUCGGAGUGAAUGAACUCAUAGUUUGGGUUGUAAUGGUGUGAAAAGGUGAAAGAGAAAGGAGCGAUUGAAUUUUAGAUGACUUGAAAACAAUGACCUACAGCCAGGCAGGCGGACCUGUGAAGUUUUCAGCAAAUAGAGACAAAACUAACAUGAACAUUUAAUCAUUUAAUAUCUGAUUUCACCUCAAUCCAACUAACCCGAAUGCUCCUCACUGAAUGCUCCUUAUAGCUGCUUUAAACAUGUGAUCUCCUUAAUGCUAAAGCUAAAAACAACAUGCUAGUUACAAACUCUGUUCGUAUGAAAACAAUGAAACACACUUUUUCAUCAAGAUAGAGGUUGUAAAUCAAAUAUAAGAAGAAAAAAAUCAUAUCAAAAUUAAACAGUAUGUCAUGAUAUGUUUUGUUAACUUAGUUUUCUCCUCAUGUUGUUUAUUUGAGUGCUUUGUGUUUUGUCAGUUAGUGUCUUACCCUCCUCCUGUUCUCAGUGUUUUAUUCUGUAGAUCAGUUUUCAGUGUUUCCUGUUUUAUUUUGUAGUAGUUGAUUCCUUGUGUUUCUAGUCUGGUUUCACUUCCCUAAUUGUCUCUCCUUCGUUAAUCACCCAUGAGUUUCACCUGUGUCUCGUCUGCCUCACCUGUUGCUCGUUUCCCAGUGGGAAUAUAGUCUCAGGCUGUGUCUAAAAUGAAUCACUCAACCCCUAACCCCCAUAUGGGAUUUUACUAUUUAGUUGACUAUGUAGUGAACUCAAUUACCGGAGGUUUUGUGCGCUACAUGGCAAGACGCAAUGCAUGAUGGGAUGCCCAUCACCGGUGAGUGGCCAUCGGAUUGAACUGCCAACCUUGUGAUUAAAAGAUUACCCACUCGACCACUGAGCCAUAAAUAUGAUUGCAGUAAAAAAAAAAGAAAGUCCUUCUUGAAACAGAGCAGAAGGUGUUCAGCUCAGUUCCAGGUGUAAAACCUUCACCCCCUAAAAGGCGCUGAGACUCUCCCCUCAUAUUUGGUUUGGUGUGACAGAUUUAGCACUUUCCUACGUAUUUACACUGGAUUUUAUUAUGUGUGACAGUGAAUAAUCUGGUUUGUCGUCCACAGACACCGUCUAAAUUCCAGCAUGGGGGGAAAAUAAACACAAACCCCCCAGCAGCAGCAGCAGCUUUCAGGGUUGGGGAGUAAAAAUGACAGCAGCUAACCAUGAAGGGACAAAAACAGGAGGACUGGUAGCUAAAUCUGGGAGACUGUCGCCAUUUGGCCGCCAUUACCGAGCGCUCAGUGCGGGGUGACUCCUGUAAAUCUCUCAGCAGGACGUUGAGAGUCUCAGCGAAGAAUUCAACAUGUCCACUCAUCAAGGUGAAGAGUGGGUUUUAAUAGUUUCAGCAGAGAGACGCAGUACUCAGACAGGAUGGACGACUGUUCGGUUUAUUGUCUCUAAAUGAGGAGGAGAAAGAGGGUGACAUGUAUUCCUGGCUGCAAACCAAAAGGACACCUGUAGUGAACGCCUCCUGAACAAGGUGUGACGGACUGUGAGUCAGUUUUACAGACUAUAAACGUCAGUCUGCGCCGUGUGAGAGAAUGAAUAGAUGCUUGACAGAUGUGUCUUUGCUGUCAGUUGUGACCUUAAAGAAAGAACAAUAAUAAAGAGGCGGACUCUGGCAGGGGGGAAGAAAUAAAGAAAAGGGCAAACUUUACUGUUUCUAUAACGUAACCACUUGUUCACAGACCAAAACCGAGCUAUCGUUUAGGUCCUCUCAUACAAAAAUCUCAUAUUUGGGAUAAUCUUUGUUGUAGCCAUUGAGUUUCUGACGGUCUGUGAUGUUGGUUUAUUCUUUUAAUAAAGCUGCUUUCCCUUCUGUUUGGUAAAAUAGUGAGGAGAAAAAGCUGUUUUUUUAUUUCUUACAAUAAAUAGAUUAAAUACAGGAUAUAAAGCAUGUUAAUAGAGAAGCGAAUUGUGAGUUUUCAACUUCGGCAGGACCAAAAUUUCUUGAUAAUUCACACUUUAUUAAAGGGAUAUUCCAGUGUAAAAUUAAUUCAGGGUCAAACACAAGGUAACAACGAGUUAGACACCCCCUCGAGAGAUGAAUGUUGACGACCGCUUGCUUCUCUAGUUAUACCAACUUUAGUAAUGAUCACAUGAUAGCAAUACACAGCGGUCUGAGGAGCCAUAAACAAACCUCAACCAAAACGCCACUCUAUAGCCACAAAUAAUGCUCAGAACAGCACCUAACUUCAACACAGUACAUAUAGGGUCCCAGCCACCAAACAUCUUUUUAACUUUGCCUGAUUUCUUUAGCAAAGAGACUAAACACAAUUCACCAACUCUCUUCCAGCAGCCGCUUGUUUGUAGCGAGACCUCAGGCCAGUUCAUUACGGACAACAGCAGGGUAACGCAGCUCAAGGAAGAACAUUUAAGUUCAUUUGUUCAAGGAAAUGAUAAAGUAAUGGUCAUAAAUAUUCUUCCUUGAGCUGCGUCACCCCGCUGUAGUCCGUAAUGAAACGGCCCCGAGGUCUCACUACAAACAAGUGGCUGCUGGAAGAAAGUAGGUGAGUUGUGUUUAGUCUCUUUGGUAAAGAAAGUAGGCAAAGCUAAAAAGAUGUUUGGUGGCUUGUACUAUGGCUAGUACCCUAUAUGUUUUGAUGAUGAAGUUAGGUGCUGUUCUGAGCAUUAUUUGUGGCUAUAGAGUGGCGUUUUGGUUGAGCGCAGGGUUCCUGGGACUGCUGUGUAUUGCUAUUGUGCGGUCGUUACUAAAGUUGGUAAAACUAGAGAAGCAAGCGGUCGGCAUAAAUCUCUCUGCGGGGUGUCUAACUCAUUACAGUAUGUUUGACCCUAACUUAAUUUCACAACGGAAUAUCCCUUUAAACUAAGCUAGCCACCACCCAACUUUUCCUUCUGUAUGACUCUUUCUGCUUUCUCCUAUUGUGUCCUUAUUACAAGGUUCAAAUGGACGGGGUCCUGUGGGAGCUAUAAAAUGUUGAUUGUAACACUGAUGAUGGUUUUUAAUUACUCAUUGCUGUGGCUUGGCUGAGGUCCCAUCUGAACUCCUUUUUUGUUACCCUGAGGAGAAUUCGAUGACAGACAACAGCUGCAGACCGCAGAAUGUGUCCACAGAUGCUGAGGUUCAGGAAGAGAAACAUAAAACUAGUAACUGUGAAGACUAUGUGUGGAAGGAAAACCAUUGUUCUGUCGCUGCGUUCAGCGUGGACGUGGGCGGACGAGAAUAGAAACUCAAACUACUACAGACAAUUUAGGAGGGAAGUUGGACUGAAUCUGACAGAAAACAGACAGGAUGUGAUGUUUCGUCUCAGCGUGGUUUUCCUUCUUGUUUUGUUGACCUAGCUGGAUGCCCUUGAAGAGGAAGUUGUGUUGUUAUCUGUGCAGAGGGACGUAUGGGGGUCCUAGAUGUUGGAGGAGGGAGUUUCUGCCUCUGACAUUGAGUUUGAGAAUGACCGAGAGCAGACUGUGUUUAUCUUUUUUAUGUUUAUCUGAAAUUCCUGCAUCAUUGGUUAUUAGAAAGAAAAUGUUUGAUGGCAGACAGACAUGAGGAAUGUAAACUACGCUUUCAAGACGUCUCCUUACAAGACCAGAUGCAAACAUUCUGAAGUCACAGAGCAUGAGGAGAGUUACCUGUUAACAUUUAGAGGAAACCUUCAUCACGACAGAGCGUCAACUCUUACCGAAAUGUUUCUCCAAGAAAGCAACUGACCUCCUCGUCCUCUCAUCAUUUCCACCAGGCCGAUGACGUCUACUCCUGAUGAGAGGAUGCAGAGGGGGGUCUUGAAUCAUCCCUCAGGGAAAAUCCAAAGCCACACAUUUUGUUUUGUUUUUUUAAAAGCUGCACUUUGUUGAACCAACCUACUUUUUUGACAUUAAGGGAACUCAUCAAAGUCAUUCAGUGCCCAAAAUAGAUGGUGAAAAUGAUAAACGGCGACCUUUACCAAGUCAAAUAUUUUCACGUCUGGCUUUCUGAUCGUGAGCAUGAACGUAUAAACUAAACUCCACAGGCCUUAUCCAUCAUGUUCACCCACACUGUACAGGAUAUAGCAUCUUCACAGAUAUACAGUCGGGUAUUUUAACCCCUCACAGUUCAUUUCCUCACUCAUUUCCCUUUGCUGCCGCACAACACACUCUGUUAAUGCCUCCAUGUAAUUAGUAUUAAUGUUGAAGUAAGGUUACGGUGCAAGUCUUUACAAACCCCAGCACCUACUUAGCUUAAAGGGAUAUUCAGGGCGUAAAUUUAAGUUCAGGUCCAACACACCAUAACACAGAGUUAGACAUGCGUCAGGAGAUGAAUGUUGCUGACUGCUUGCUUCUCAAGUUAUACCAACUUUAGUUACAACUGCAGGAUAGCAAUACAGAGAGCCACGGGUUCAACCAAAACGUCACUCUGUAGCCACAAAUAAUGCUCAGAACAGCAAAGAGACUAAACACAACUCACUUACUUUCUCUCUUGCGACCUCUUGUGAGUCCAUUACUACAGCGGGGUGACGCAGCUCAAGGAAGAACAUUUAUGAUCAUUUCUUUAUCAUUUCCUUGAAGUAAUAAUCACCAUAUUUUGCUCUGCAGACGCAGUAGUUCUUCUGCCUUAGCGACUCGGUCCUGUAUUUCCAUGAGGAAAUGAUCAUAAAUGUUCUUCCUUGAGCUGCGUCACCCGGCUGUAGACCGUGAUAGACUGGUCGAGGUCUCGCUUCAAAUAAGCGGCUGCUGGAAGAGAGUAGGUGAGUUGUGUUUAUUCUCUUUGCUGAAGAAAUUAAGCAAAGUUAAAAAGAUGUUUGGUGGCUAGUACUAUGGCUGGGACCCUACACGUACUGUUGAUGAAGUUAGGUGCUGUUCUGAGCAUUUUUUGCGGCUAUAAAGUGGCGUCUAGGUUGAGGUUUGUUUAUGGCUCCUUAAACCGCUGUGUAUUGCUAUCAUGUGGUCGUUGCUAAAGUUGAUAUAACUAGAGAAGCAAGCGGUCGGCAACAUUCAUCUCUCGAGGCGGUGUCUAACUCGGUGAUGAGGUGUGUUUGACCUUAAAUUAAUUUUACGCUGGAAUAUCCCUUGAAACCUAAGUAAGUGAAAUCAGUAUUUAUUUGUUGUUUCUGUCAGAGAAUUUAGUAUUAUCAAAAUGUGAGUGAUAAAAAAUUUUGGACUGAUAUAAGAAAUUUGGACUCUAUCUCUUUGGAGUCACAUUUUUUGUGACUUGCAGCAAAGGCUGUUAGUCAAACCAGCGUCCACUACAACAAUGAGUAGAGCCUCUACACACUGGGCGCUUGUACCGCUAGACCUUGCCGCCUCAAAUGUCACUCUUCAUCGUAAAUAUUUAUGUCAAUCUGAUAAAAACAACAUGCUUGGACCUGGGCUCUGUUUUAGGUCAUCUAAGAUUCGAGGUGCAUGCAACUGUGUACAAAAUUUUAUGAGAAGCUUUUCGCCGAUUCAAAUUUGACAAAAAUAAAAGCGCUUUCGGGGGAAAUCCUGCUGAAAUUGCAAAGCGGUUUGGUGGAUGUUUUUGUUUGUCUUUAGUUAAGAGGCAGUUUUUCUAAGACAAACUGCCCAUUUUUAAGAGGUUGUGGUAGAAAAAAAAAGAAAAGAACAAUUUGGUAGAAGGCCUUGUAAUUAUCUGAGCAACCAUAAAACCAUCCCUGUGAACCAUUCACAGAUGUGGAGGAUCACAGUACAUCAUUAAGAGUAAGCUAAAGUUGCAGAAAGAAAACCUGACAAGUUUAAAUGAUGUUUUUUUGAUAAAGAAAGCUGUAGACAAAAGAAAUAAAGCAGAUAAAAGAGUGGUAUGUCCCUUUAAAGUCAGGCCAAACAAAGAUGAAAAACCCUCCAGAGUCUUUGAAAUCAAGAACGCUGUCGCAGUUCAGCUCCCAACAAUUAAUAUUGUUUGGUUGUUCUUUCUCAAUGCCAAACCGCCACAGGGGGUUUCAUACAAGAAUGAGAGGGGAGGGGGAGCCAGACGUCACUGAGCUUUCCUUUAUUAGUGAGUGAUGCUGUAACAGGAGAAGCAGUUAUGUCGAUACUGGACUGAUUUAUGGUCAAUCAGGCAGAACUCUUUAGACUUAAAUUGUUCACUCAGCCCUUUCUCUGCUCACAGUGGUGGCUUUUCUGCAUGUGGAACAGUUGGAACAAUGUUUAACCCUUAAUUGCAGUGUGAUGUAAACCAUCUCCAUUUCUCGCAGAGUGAAGGUUAAUCUUUUCCAAAGCCACCCACAACAUCUUUCUUUACCCAGAAUCUUGUUUUUUUUCUUCUCCGCAGAGGCAAUUUGUCCCAGAAAUCCCCUCUAAAUCACUGGUAUGUCCCUCUCCUUGGCAAAAACUUGACAAAAGCUCCUCAGGAUCAACAACUCCUGUACUCCUACCCAAAGGUGUACCACAGGGUUCAGCGCUUGGUCCUCUCUGAGUUCCUCUUCGUCUUUGUCUUCUUCCUAUUCAACAGAUGAUGCUAGAUGAAGGUUUUCUUGCACCUAGACCAGCUAAAUCACCUUUUUAUUAAUGGACACAAGCUAAAAACAUCUCACACUACAACUCAGUUCUCGUUUUCUUCAUGGAAAGACUGGACCAGAUGGUAGCAUUAAACUUACAUGGAGUCAUCCAUAGAUGAGUUUGUGACCAGCCUUUCUUAGGAGAAAAUUAACAAAUGUACAAAAGCUAAUUUCUAAAUCAUUGCUACCUUUUAUGAUAUCCUUGUAAUAUUCCAGUAUUGUAUGUUAUAUUUCAUGUUUUUCACUGGCCUAGUUGUGUCUGCUUCGAGUGUCAUACUGAGAAUGCUCGUUGUGUUGCAGCCAAUACGGAUCAUGAAUGGCACACCUAAUUUACAUACAAGACUGUUGAUACACACUAGACGUGAACCAGACACGGCUAGGCCAGAGAAAAACACCAAAUAUAAUAUACAACACUGGAAUAUUACGACCCCGUUUUAUUAUGUCCAUGUUGUAGGUAACAAGGACAUCAUAAAACUUAGCAAUGAUAAAUAAAUCAGCUUUUGUACAUUUGUUAAUUUUCCCCCAAGAAGGGAGGUGUGUGUGUCGCCUAUCUUGUAUGUAAAUUAGUUGUGCCAUCUCGUGCUCGGCUCGUUCUCAUCUUACUUUUUCCUCGCUUCUUGCUCGGAAAAUUCCUCUUACUUUCCCAACCAAAACUUGACAAGUAUGGAUGGUACUCAUGCGUCACUCCCAAAUUCACCGUGCACAAAGGCCCCCUGCUGAGGAGAGUUUCCUGUAACUUAGAGCACUGGCACCCAGAGUGACGAUUUACAGAGCGGUUUAACCAAGCCCUGAGGCCACACUUCUUCUGUUCCCCUGACUCUAACCUCCCAUUCCCUCUCUUUAGGGAAGCUGUUGUGAUUUCAAGGAUCUGUCUUAGUUCAGGAUAUAACUCAAAACUAUCAUUCCCAUCUUUGUUGGGAGUGUUUGCCUGCUUAUGAUUAUAUUUUAGCUCUACUGGAUGUAGAGCUGAAUGUGUCUCCCUCCUAUUUUUUACCUGUCUUCUUGGUCUUCAUUUCCCAGCUCUCUAUCCAAAAAACUGUAACCUCUCUUCAUCCUGCUCUCUUUCUCUCUCUCUUUGUCUUACUUAUCUCACUUCUCCUCCUUCCUGCGUUGUCUUUUGGCUAAAGCUAAACUGCGCCUGUGAUUUUUCUCCUUUUAUUUACAGGAGUUCAGCCAGAGACAGAAACCAUGAGUGACCGACUCGACUGCGAAAACUGCAAGGAGUCCCUGUGCGGGCGCAAAUACAUCCAGGUGGAGGGAAAGCCUCACUGCAUCCCCUGCUACGACCGCCAGUACGCCAACACCUGCCAGGAAUGUAAAGAAGUAAUCGGCCAUAAUGCAAAGGUCAGUAAUAGGAGCUUGUUUUGUACGAGCGCAACUAUUAACGCCUCUGACAGCUUUCUAGGGAGUCCAGGUGGAGUUCUUGGAAAACAGAGCUCUAGUUACUGAGUGUGAAACUAUCUGUAGUUCCCUUUAAGUGCCCAGAAGCUUUAUUUUUGUGAAAACUAAAAACACAGUCUCAAAGGAAACAACCAGACAUCCUGUAAAUCACGGCUCUGCUUGCUUUGGCCAUCCCUCCUCUGCGCAAGACACAACAUCCAUCCCUCAUACGUCUCUGUCUCUCUGCUGUAGCUUUCCCAACACCUCAAAAAUAAGCUUUUCACCCCACACCGUUCAACGGGUUCAUUUAUAACAGGGCUCACUUGAACUGUAGCUGAACCAGAAUACGAGCAGCUGUUAGUCGGAAUUCACAAAGUGGGUUAUUCUGAUUUUUAAAGAAAAUACAGACGAUUUUUUUCUCAUUUCCGAAUCUCUUCUUUGGAGGAAAGCAGGAUGUCUUAGAAAGCUGGGAACUCUGGGCUCCACGUCAACAAUCACUGAAAGAGAAAUGUUGACGUGCGACUGAGAAGAAAACAGAAUCCUGUGGUUGACCGUGACCUCUGACUUUAGAGCAGAUGGGAGUAAAAAAUAUCUGCUUGGAACAAUAACAUCCACUAUCGACUUUUUUUAUCAUCAUACAGUCAAAAGUAGAAAGUUUGAGUGACCAACCUGACAUUUUCAGACAUUUUUCAGACAUUUCCAACCUUUUAACUGAAUUGAUUUCUCUUUCCUUUCCUUAGGAGCUCUUCUACGAGGAUAGGUAUUACCAUGCACACUGUUUACGUUGUUUCCGCUGCGACCGCUCCCUGGCGGACGAGCCCUUCACCAGCCAGGCCGAAGCGCUGGUGUGCAGCGACUGCUACUGCAACGAGUACUCCUCCAAGUGUGUGGCCUGUGAAAAGAUAGUCAAGCCAGGUAGUAACAACAAAGAUCAACUGUUUAACUUUUUUUCCUCCUCCAAGUUCACUCACCCCCCUCCUCAGACGUUUGUGUAAUCGCUGACAGGCAGAAAGUUCACACCCUGUAUUUGCACGGAUAAAGAGGCUAAUGAGUUUUUGUUAUCUGGGGUGUGACAGCUUAGAUGUGACAGAAUGAUUGUUUCCUUGCUUGGCUGAAAAUAUCUCCCAGCAGGGUUUUCAGCUCAGGGCGCUGUGUGACGACACUUUGGUGCAGCGGCGGCGGUGUCGGAUGACUGAAAAUUACCCAGGCCUUGUGGGCUGUGUGGGAUUUUUUCGCUCACCGCUUCUUUUCUGAAAUGAGCAGUCUUUUUCUUGAGUUUCUGCUCGGCCUGGAAUGCCUUGAAAUGCUGCUGACCUCGCCCCCAGUUUCUUCUAAGUGCAGCCAAGUUGAAGCUUAAAAACGCUGUCAUCUCUCCGGGCCGCAUUUCGGGUCCCAGGAGUCGCAAAACAGAGCCAGGGAUUAAAUUCUGACGUCCAUUUUUUGGCCAAAUUUACCUAAAACUCUGCAUCAAAGAAUCUUCUACCUACAAAUUCCCUUAAACAAUGACAGUGCUAAAAAGUUCAGCCCAAGCUCAGUGCACAUUCUGGUCUUAUUUUUGAUAUGAUAACAGGAAGAACAGCAUCAGCGUGUAUUUCAGCUGUGUUGAAAUGCUAGAAAUCUGCUUUGUUACAGCUUGUCAGAUUGUUUAAAUGCAGGUUAAGAUGAUGCAAUUGAGUAUUUGUGUGAAAACAGGUUCAGCUGUCACACUCAAUAACAGUCUUUAGGUUUCUUUUGUGCUCGUGUGAUCACUAUCAGAUGUCAUUCCGGUUUACGGUUUUGCACCACAGGUUCGAAAAGUCAGAGAGAAGAACAACAAACAAUCACUUCGCUCCUAAUCUGCUCCUUCUCUUUGUUUUUGUUGUUGCUGCAGGUUCAAAGCUGUUGGAGUACGGCGGCUCCACGUGGCACGAGGACUGUUUUACGUGUCAUGGCUGCGAGAAGCCGAUCGGCGCCGAGGCCUUCAUCCCGGACCAGAAUCACUACUACUGCGUGCCGUGCUACGAGGGCCGGUUUGCCCCUCAAUGCAGUCACUGCAAGAAGGUAAACCAGGCUUAGUUUGCAGGAUACUUAUCAGUGCUGUCAAGAUAAUGUGAAGGAGAAAGACCAGAACAGCUCUCUCUUCUCUUCUUGUAAGAUUAGAUUAUAUGUUGUUCUCUAUGUAAGACCCCAGACUCUUUUACAUGCGCACUCCUGAAAUUUUCUGGACAUUUUCCGGAGCCCUGACCUAAAUAUUUUCCACAUGUCCUUUCCAGGGUUAAGUUUACCCUCAAUGGUGAUCAUUGUUUUGUGUAAAUGAAUGGUUGUGCAGACAUCGCUACUGUUCACGUCUUUGAAAAUGAACCUCCUUCUUCAACUAUUGAUGUUUUUAUUCAUCCUCUUGCAUGUCGUUCUCCCGAAUUUGCACCAGUUGCUCUACAUAAAUAACACCAUCCACUUUUAUAACCUGCUGUGUGAGUUCAAUGAAAAAAUUUGUUCACUCAGUCCAGUUUAAAUUGACAUAAAAUUGAAGUUAGUUGUGUUCACACAUACAGCCCACCCUGAAAAUUUCGGAAAAUUGUCGCUGUGUGAAAAUGCAGCUAAACAAAAACUUUCUUUCUGCUUUAUAUGUCUCCAAUUUUUUUACAGCGUCUUAUAUUUUCUUCCACUUUUAUGUCUUGUCUGCUUAAAGAUGCAGCUCCAUUUCUACUUGAAUAAUAUGUAUAAUAAAUAUAAAGAUGCUUCUGUAAUUUUCUUGAUAAUUCAGAUGAAUGGUUUCAUGGCUAUAAUUUCCCAGGAAAAUUGUUCUUUUUUUGUACAUCUAAAACCCCAAUUUUGAUUGAUUUAAAACCAAGAAGUAGUACAAAAAUCACUCACUUUUUGUGAUUCCUUUGUUUGCUGGAUAACUUUUCUGUCUUUUUCUUCCUUUCUCUAUAUAUUGUCUUUAAUUUUUUGCAUGUAGUUGCAUGUAAUAAGAAAAGUACACACAAAAAUAAUCAAAGAGCCCUCACUGCAAAGUUUGCGCUGUCGUAAUCCCACAGAGCGGAGAGAACUAGCCAAUAAAAAUGACCACAGAGCUUAUUUCUUCCUGUAUAUUACAGUCAUGAAUUACUGUAAUCAAAUUCAAUAAAUAUAACUUCACAACGAUGACGGUUUCACUUUUUAAAUUAAUUAUGUGGGAGGAUAAACCAACAUGGGAAAGUUUCAUCAUGACAUAAAAGGCUUGAAUUCGUCAUUUUAAUGACUCUUUCCUGCUUAAUCCUUGUUGACUUUGUGGUUUGGUUGCUCUGUCAUAAUGUUCUGGUUGGCGAGCCAUAAAUGUGUGAACCACAAAUGUUAGGAAAUACGGCGCACACUCCCAUGUUUCCAGUGGUUUAAUUUAGUCAAUUCCAAGUUAUGAAAAUUAAUUAUGAUGUUUGGAAAAAAAGGCAAAAAUAGGAUAAAAAAAAAAAACCUGCACUGAUACAGAAAUGCUACCAGACAUAAUUACCAUGUUGAGGUUUACACGGAUGUGUUUUUGUCCUGCAGGCUCUGACUAAAGGCGGGGUGACCUACAAGGACGAGGUGUGGCACAGGGAGUGUUUUCUCUGCACGGGCUGCAAAGCUCCACUAGCCGGACAACCUUUCACCUCUCAGGGGGAGAGUCCGUACUGCGUCAAGUGUUUCAGCAGCCUGUACGCCAAAAAAUGUGCCGGCUGCAACUCGGCCAUCACAGGUCAGUGGUUCGCACACAGUCAUCACCUAAUGUUUGGCUAACAGGUGAGGUUGUUGCAAAGAGUUCCUGGUUCAAUACUUGUUUGUUUUUUGUCUAGACUUAGACUUAAAGCGAGUAAAACACGAAACAAUAAUCUGAGAAAAACAAGUGUGGGCAGUCAGGUGACUUGAUUAACAAGGAAAGAGCAGCACGCUUAACAUCAGUCCCAGUUUUCUUGCUUUGCACACAGAAAGACGUAAAGGACAAAUGUCUUAAAAAGUUGGAUUUUAUUUUAUUGCUAGGAUCAAACAAGCAGCAAAUGUUAACGAGCUUAAUUGGACACACCUGGAGCCUCCAGGUGUGUCCAAUUAAGCUCUCUAGCCUGACUGAGAAGAACUCAAAGACUCAGACAGACCUCGAUGAUAGUUGAUUAAGACUGAAAAGUUUCCAGUCAGAUGACUUCCACUUUAAAUAUUGUCUUUGUGUGCCAAACUGAGCGGGUCUAAAUAUAUCCCACUUUUGUGUUGUAAAAAUUCUUCCUAUUGUCCAAAGAAAUCCCUUCACAAUAAAAAGCCAAGCUGUGUUUUGCUGCACUACAUGAAUGCACAAGUGAAAGCAGGAAACACUCAGUUCUGGAUGUUAUUGGGAGGGUAGGACAGUGGAGUGGAAACUGAAAGGAGAGAGUGGGGGGCGAUGUACUCCAAAGGUCACAUGAUUGGAUUCAAACCACCUGUUUGGAGGUCCAUGUCCUCUGUGCAUGGGACACAAAUCACUAGGGAGUUAACUGACCCCUUUAAAGUUUUGGGUACCAUAUAUGGAGCUGAAUCUGGUUUUACAAAGCUGGUAGAGGCUGUGGAGUGAGGUGAAAAUUUUGGUGAGGAACUUUUGGCGCCCCCUGUGGACAAAAAGUCUAAUUUUGUUGUCUAUUCACUUCAGCUGUCUCUUAACAAAAAAACUCAUCCUGCUUACUUCUACUGCCAAGUGUGUCCUUUUUGUAAAUAUUUAAUGAAAAAUGUUAAACAGGGCUGUUUCUUUAGCAAUUCCACCUAUAUCUACGGUGGCCGAGAACUGCCACUGCUGCAAAUAAAAAAGAAUGCAAAAAAAAAAAAGAAGCCACAAUGGACACACACACACACACACACACACACACACACACACACACACACACACACACAAAAACUGGUGAUACAAAAAAAAAAAAAAAAGAAGUUACUUACUGUGAAAAUAAAAGGAUGCAAAUUCAAAAAAGCCACAGUGGAAGUGAGCUGCUGGGGACUUUUUUGCAUCGCCAAUUUUUUUUGUGUUGUUGACUUCCAUUGUGGCUUUUAAAAAAAAAAAAUUAUCUGUAUUGUUUCUUUUUUUAUUUGCAGCGGGCUUCGGUUUCGUUUUUUUUUUUUCUUUUUUGCAUCAGUAACUUCUGUUGUUGCUUCUUUUUUGCAUUCUUUUUUGUUUGCAGCAGUGGCAGUUCUUGGCCACCGUAUAUACCUACCCCUCAUACCUAUUUCAGGUAUUAAAAAUUAAAAUACAUGAAUCCUGUUGCUGAUGGUCUUGUUUGCCUUCCUAUGUCGUAAAAAGGUCAAAAUAUGAAUUUCAGUCUAUUUCGUAAAUGUCAAAACUCCUCACAGGAGCUUUAAAUACUACAAACGCUGGAAUAAUAAAGUAAUUUUACAGUUUUGAAUAAUAGUCCUGUGUGUUGAUAGCUCUAAUCUGGCAUCACAAAAUAAGUAUCCUUAAACCGAGCCAGAGUACACUUGCUUCUAUGAAAACAAAUUCACCAUCUGAGGACUGUAACAGAUCUGUUUGACACAUUAAAAACUGAACAUGUGGUUGCUCUGAGUGAAGACAGAAAAAAACAAUCAAAUCAAAGUGAAGACUAUGUCCAAUAUCUUGGCUAUCUUGCCAGUCUCAUCUGCCAGUAUUUCAGUAUUGGCAGAGAAACGUCACAUACCAGAGUUAAAUGAGAGGCUGACUGACUGGAGUGGUUUUGACCACAGCUAUGAACUGGAUGCCAGCAGGUUGACAUAACUGGCGGUUUUUUAUAUUGUUACUGCCAACUGCUGAUGUUAUCUUGGAUUUAUUUGUGUAAUGUGUGCAAUGUAGCAAGCCCGUCAUUAACUCUAUUUUCCACCCCUUGUAAAACAUUCCUCCCUUAUUUGCUCAUGUGUUGCGUUUGUGUGCAACAGGGUUCGGAGAUGGGAAGUACGUUUCUUUUGAGGACCGGCAGUGGCACCAGCCGUGCUUUAAGUGUUCGCGCUGCUCCGUGUCGCUGGUGGGAUCCGGUUUCUUCCCCGACCGCGAUCAGAUUCUGUGUACGGACUGCAACAGCGACGAGUGAUCGAGGCUCGCCGCACCUGUGACACCUGGGAAAAAACUUCUAAACCUCAGUCUCACACAUGAACACUGCAGCAGUUUGGUCACAGUUUAAAGAUGAAACUAAACUUUGUAUUUGCAACUCAAACUUCCUGUCAGCAUCAUUGAAAUGUUUGCUUUAAUUCUGCCUGUGUUGUACAUGUACGACUUCAUGUUCCCUUUAUUUUAUUCUUUUGCACAUUUAAGCCUAAAGAUAUAAAAAAUACGUGUAAGCUUUUUAGGUUAAACCAUUUCUUUAUGCAUUACACUUUUUAAUACCAUUUAUUUGUGAAUGCUAGAUAGAAAUUUGAUCAUUAUGACUCAUGCUUUUCUUACAUAUUUAUAGUAUUCUCGUGUAUAAAGCUGCCGUCCUCUCUCUCUCUCUGCUUGCUGUAUCCAAACCUCUUUCUUUAAAAUGAGAGUUUUGUUAAAAAGAUACAACUCUCACAAGCGUAAAUGCAAUAAAAUGUCAUAAAACAAAAAGGA